GAGGAGAAUGAAGAAAGACAAUUCAACCUGCAGUGGAUGCAGAAACAACGUGGAAACAUACAAAUCAGCAGAUACAUGCCAUGUAAUGAAACAGCCAUCCAAACACGGAGGAGCACUUCGGGGGGACAUUUUAGUCUUCCUCCGAGUCUGGGCUUUUUGAAAGAGACGCCGCAAAGUGGCUCAAGCUGUGAUUACGCAGCGCUGCUCGGCAUCGAGGGAGGUCUGCAAACCAGAUGUUCCAGGGGUUGCCUUUUUAUCCUCUCGCUCUUUGCCUGCUUCAUCAUGCAUCAAACUUCUGAUUGGAGGCCAUAAUUCACGUCUCUCGCAUUUGAAAAAAAAAACUGAAUCCCAGCAGGCAGCAUGAGUAAUAGACUUGUGUUUCUAUUUGCGCGCCUGAGAGUCUUGGACUUUAAAGACAGGUGAUGAUGGUUUUACUGCCUCCGCAAAAUGACACUUAAAGUAGAAUUAUUGGCAAUUACACAAUAAUGUAACUUGUGAAGCAUCCUGCUGUGUGAGGAAAAAAAAUGAAAAGGAGCCUUAUAAGUCAGUGCGCAUUUGGAGAGAGGAGGAGAUGCGGUUAUAGGGAGUAGGCCACUCCAAGAAGGGACUGGGCAGCUUCAGAUGCCUCAUAUUCUGCUGUGACUGUACUGCUGGGUGAAGCAGCGCAGCGGGCGCACCCCUCAACAUCUGUCCUGACACAUCACCGCUUCAGGGGGUGGAAUACAUCUCCUCCGUUGCAAGACUGGAUGCGGAAUCGAGUGCGUGGGGCAGUGGGAAAAAUCCUCCGAGACGCACACUUUUUUUUUUCUUUCUUUUCCAGGUGACCGGUUCUGUGACGACCGUGAGAUUCCACAAGCAAUAUGCGCAAAACUUUGGAUUGCCCAGUCUCCCCCCCUCCUCCUCCCACUCUCUUCCUUCCUCUUUUCUUUUCUUGUGUUUCCUUAUUCAUUGUGCGCCGUAUGAAGAGCAUUAACUAUCCCUCCUUCCAAUCCUAUUGAAAAGGCUGAAGGGGAAAAAAACAGGGAGAUGAGAGCAGCAAAUCCCUUUUUUAUUCCCCUCGUAGCGCUCAAUAACAGAAGAAUGUGUCGCCUAUCAGUCACCGAGGGGAUCAAGUCUGCGGGACUGUCCCACGCGUUCAGUGCGCCUCGCGAAAUGAGAGAGACAGAGUGAAGAGGACAGCAGCAGCAGCAGCAGCAGCAUCCUGCCUGCACACUUCACAUCCUUCAGCAACCUGUCUCCUCUCCAGAUCCAUUUAAGUCAAUUAGGGCUGCAGCAUCCCUCAGCUCCUCUCAGCGGACCGCGUGGAGAGGUGAGCGCACGACUUGGAGAAGAUUUGGAUGCUUUUACUYCUCAUAUAGCCAGGAUGAGGAGCGUGGCGCUGCUGUUGGGAGUGAAAGCCGCCUGCAUCCUCCUGGUGUCUUCGCUCUCGCGCGCAGGAGCCGUGAACAACAGCGGCCGGUGGUGGGGUAUUGUCAAUGUGGCUUCUUCAUCCAAUCUUCUCACCAAUUCCAAGAAUGUGCAGUUGGUCCUGGACCCAAGCCUGGCCCUUCUGAGCCGUCGCCAGCGCAGGCUGAUUCGGCAGAAUCCUGGCAUCUUGUACGCCAUCGCCGCUGGGUUGCACACUGCCAUAAAGGAGUGCAAGUGGCAGUUCCGCAAUCGCCGCUGGAACUGCCCAACCACCCACAGCUCAGCCAUUUUUGGCAAAAUUGUCAACCGUGGUUGCCGAGAAACGGCAUUUGUAUUUGCCAUUACCAGCGCAGGAGUGACCCAUGCUGUGGCUCGAUCCUGCUCAGAAGGGGCCAUUGAGUCGUGCACGUGCGAUUAUCGACGCCGAGGCCCUGGAGGGCCAGACUGGCACUGGGGGGGCUGCAGUGACAAUGUGGACUUUGGCCGGAUGUUCAGCCGGGACUUUGUGGAUGCCAGUGAGCGGGGCAGAGAUCUGCGCUAUCUCACCAACCUGCACAACAACGAAGCCGGCAGAAUGACUGUAUCAUCAGAGAUGCGUCAGGAGUGCAAGUGUCACGGCAUGUCUGGCUCAUGUACGGUGCGGACCUGUUGGAUGCGCCUACCCAGCUUUCGCACAGUGGGGGACUUCCUUAAGGAGCGCUUUGAUGGCGCCUCCAGAGUGGUUUACGCGAACAAGGGCAGCAACCGCGCCUCUCACCGAGCUGACCCCCGACAUCUGGAGCCCGAAAACCCUGCUCACAAACCUCCCUCUGCCAUGGACCUUGUGUAUUUUGAGAAAUCACCAAACUUCUGCUCCUCCAACGGCAAAACGGGCACCGUGGGAACUUCCGGAAGAACGUGCAACAGCUCUUCUCCAGGCCUGGACGGAUGCGAGCUGCUGUGCUGCGGACGUGGGUUUAAGACUCAGACCGAGAGUGUGACGGAGCGCUGCCACUGCACGUUCCACUGGUGCUGUCAUGUCAGCUGUCUGAACUGUACCAGCACACAAACGUUGCAUCAGUGUCUAUGAUCAAAGGCGGACAUCCAGACUGAGAUUUAGGCACGACCAAAAACAAAAAAAGACUUCUAAAAAAAGAAAAAAACUGAUCAUUGGUUAGGAGAACCACAAACACUCAGGUGGUCUAGAAAAGGCUAGAAAAACUUGGAACCUCUCUGGGAGAAACAUUCAAUCAGUUUGGAAAAUAGGAGGAAAAAAACAAUUUUUUUCAACAGGGUACCAAAGGAGUAUAUGUGCUUGAUUUUUUUUUUUACCUUCACUGCUCAUUAAGAAAUAUUUAAACACAACAAAACUGUAUCUUCAUGUGUGUCAAGUGUUUAAACUGAAGAUAAAGGAAUUUGGUGUAGAACUGUGUUCUCCAGCAGAGGGCAAAAACCAUACAUGAUGUCCCCCAAAUGUUUCUGUAGCCAGAGAGCACAAACCUUUACUUCUGUUAGGACUUCUAACAGGACAAACGUCAUAUUAAACCAGUUUUGUUCUUUUGGAGAAGUUUGGCUUCUCUCUCCUGAAACUGCAUAAUUUAUCUUCAGGGAUGCUCUUUUUGUUCUCAACCAAUAUAAACCUGGAUGCCCCGCAAACCAAUUCUAAUCUAAUUGAAUUUCUUUGGCAGCAUUUGCUCUCUUUGUUUAAACUUUUCGGUCGUUAAAUACCCCGUAAAAUUGAAUUGUCGCUCUCACAAAGGGCAAGAGAAAAUGAACGGAUAAAUCUGACAAACUAAAAUUCGAAUGUAUCAUUAAUGAAUAUCAUGAGAUGAAUAGAUUUAAGCAAAAUUGAGAGGAAAAUCAUAUCAGUCGCACUUAUUCUGGUGAACAAUGGUGUGAUGAAAUACAUGUUCUGGGUUUAACAAGACUCAAUAGGUAUACAUUUAAUCUAUGUUUUUUUUGUUUGCUUGUCACGAAAAACUAAAAACAUCAUAAUAUCAGCUAAAAGAACCAAAAUUGUGUAUGAAAAAAUAUUUAUAAAGAUUUCACUUGUAUAUCUGCAGAAUGAUUUAUGUGUCCAUCAGUUGCUGGACAUUAUGUCGUCAUUAGUCAGGAGAUGUUUCUGACUUUUUUUGUAUAAGCUGAUAAAUGUCAGCUCUAUACAAAACAGAACAUUAUUGCAUUUUUUUAUUGAUGUUUGUAAAAAACAAAUCACCUGCUUGUUCAUGCACUGAAUAUUUACUUCUUUUUUACAAGUGUAAAUAUAAAUAUUUAUUUUCAAGGAUUUUUAUACUGGUAUAGAGAAAAGUAAAAGUCAUUUUUAGAUUUCUUGGAAAAGAUUUAGUUGGUUUUGUACUGUAUGAUAGAAAAAUAAAGUUUAUAUUUUCAAUUAAGUUAGUCUUCUAAA